CUCCAUGUGGUCAAAAUGAAACCAGAGAAGAUGGCAAAAUAAUCCAGCUACCUCCCUGCAAGACAGGAGCCUGGAUCGUUCCUGCCAUCAUGGCCUGUUACCUCUUGGUUGCAAACAUCCUUUUGGUGAACCUCCUCAUUGCUGUUUUCAACAAUACAUUUUUUGAAGUCAAAUCCAUAUCAAACCAAGUAUGGAAGUUUCAAAGAUACCAGCUAAUCAUGACAUUUCAUGAAAGACCUGUUCUCCCACCGCCUCUGAUCAUUUUCAGCCAUAUGACUAUGAUAUUCCAACACCUCUGCUGCAGAUGGCGGAAGCAUGAAAGCGACCCAGAUGAGAGAGACUAUGGACUAAAACUUUUCAUAACUGAGGAUGAAUUGAAAAAAGUCCAUGAUUUUGAAGAGCAGUGCAUAGAAGAAUAUUUUAGAGAAAAGGAUGACAGAUUCAAUUCCUCCAAUGAUGAAAGAAUCCGUGUCACUUCAGAAAGGGUAGAGAACAUGGCCAUGCGACUGGAAGAAGUGAAUGAGCGAGAGCACUGUAUGAAGGCCUCUCUGCAGACCGUUGACAUUAGGCUUGCUCAGCUGGAAGAUAUGAUGGGACGAAUGGUGACUGCCUUAGAAAAACUGACCGGCAUAGAGAGAGGUGAGACAACCAAGAUACGAUCCAGGACCUCAUCCGACUGUACUGAUGCAGCCUACAUUGUGAGGCAGAGUAGCUUCAAUAGUCAGGAAGGAAACACUUAUAAGCUUCAAGAGAGCAUAGAUCCCACAGGAGAGGAGUCCAUGUCCCCAACGUCUCCUACAAUCACACCCCGCAUGCGAAGCCACUCUUUCUAUGCAACAAAUAUGAAGGACAAGUGUGGGUUGGAAAAGUUUGAAAGCAUUUUUAAGGAAAGAUCUCCAAGCCUGCAUCGGGCUAUCAGUUCCCACUCGAUAGCAAAAGAAGGGAAGGUUCCCUUAGCCCCUACCAGCACUUUGUCAAUUGCCCCAGACUCCAGAAGGCCUUCGUCUUGUAUAGACAUCUACGUCUCUGCCAUGGAUGAGAUGCAUUCUGACACAGAGCCACUCGACAGCUCCAUAAAUAUUCUUGGUACUGGAGAUGCAGCUCUGCAGGCUCAUAUAGCCUCUUCCAUUUUAGCUAACAGUGCAUACAUUAGCAGUACACCUGGUGAAAAAAUUUCUGCCAGGAGUCUUGAUUAUGAGGAAACCUCUGGAAUAGAAACAAGAGCAUUUUCUUCAGACUAUUCGCAAAUCACAGAUUGCCAAAUCCCCUGGGAUUCAGACCCUCCUUUAUAUCACACUUUAGAGCGAUCUAAAAGCAGUCGGUAUCUGGCUACAGCUCCAUUUAUUCUGGAAGAAACGCCAAUUGUGAAAUCUCACAGUUUUAUGUUCUCUCCAUCUCGAAGCUACUUCAGCAGCCUUGGCGUCCCAGUCAAAACAGCAGAGUACACAAGUAUUACGGACUGCAUAGACACAAGGUGUGUGAGCGCUCCCCAGGCCAUCGCAGAGAGGGCCAGUUUCCCUGGAAGUCUCGGGGGCAAAGUGGAGGACUUGGGAUGCUGCCACCCAGAGAGAGAAGCUGAACUAAGCCACCCAGGUUCUGAUCAUGAGGAUACUGAGGCCAAAGACAAGAAAGGGAUCCCCUUAGCUUCUCAAGACAGCAAUGCUACAAGAACUCUGGCCAACAGCAUCGCACUUCCAAAAAUAGAGAGGGCCAACAGCUACUCUGCAGAGGAGUCGAACAUGUUGUAUGCACAACACACACGUAAGAGCUACUCUAUCAGCGACAAACUUGACAGACAGCGAAACGCAACAGGCCUGCGAAACCCUUUCCAGAGGAGUAAGUCCUCGCGGCCAGAGAGCAGAGGGGACAACCUGUCCAUGAGGAGACUGUCAAGAACGGGAGCCUUCCGCAGCUUUGAAAGCAAGCAUAGCUAG